AUGUACUUGGACAGCAAAGAGGAUAGUGCAAUCUCCAGAAGAGUAGAUAUGGAGCUGACCCAGGCCUCUGGCCCCCAGCAUGUGGAUUUGCUUAGAGCAGUGGAACCUAUUUCCAGCAAUUUUAACGAAUUGAAUCUGUUGAAGGAGAUGAUGGCUGUUCAGAGAGAAGUCCAAAAGCCCUACCCAAACAAUGCACCAGAAACAGAUAGUCACAUCACACUGGAGAAAGAUUUUAGCCCUCUCACCAUGCAAGAGAGGUAUCACUUCACUUUCCCUAAAUUCUUCAGCGCAAGACCAAAAAAUGGCUGCUUCACAGAGAGGACCCCUUUGUUGAAUGCUUCCAUGGAAGCGAAUGGGUUCAUGGCCGUUCAUAACACUGAUUUUACCACAGAUGAUGACUCUUGGGAAAACAGCUCUGCUGAAUUUGAGCAUAGGUCUCAUCCGGGAAGUGAAAUGACCAGUUUGUCCAGAUCCUCCUCAAAGAAAUCCGAAAUGCUGGACAACUUUCAUGUCAAAUUCAAUUUGUCAAAGAUGAGAUGCUGUUUAAGAUUCCUAAAGGUUUCUGGCCUUUUUAUGUUUGUAGUUCUAUGCUCCGUUUUAUUCAGCAUUCAUCCUGAAAACGGAACACCUUGGCAGAUGCUGGCCGUGUCACCUAUGGAGAGCUAUACUAUGAACUUCAGCAAUUUAGGUGAUUCAGCCCUCUUAAAGAUAGAACUUGCAGGGCCUUUUGAAACAAAUCGGCGGACAGAAGAUUAUGUUGUCGUUCAAAUUAGACAAAUAGAAGAUUCUGGGCCUAAAAGGAGACGUCAGCAACAUAUCUUACACAACUGGACUCUACCUUUAAAUCUGAGAACAAAUGAGCAAGUGAUGGUGUCCAGAACAUUUGAGAUGUCAAACAGCACUGAAGAAACUUCCAUAAGUAUCCAAGCUUUUCUUCAGGAAUCAGAAAUCGUUCCCCUUUCCUUGAUGUAUCAAUAUCUUCAUGCAGAUAUAGAAACUCAAGUGACAAUUGCAUCAGUUAUUUUAGCAGGUGUUUAUGCGCUGAUCAUUUUUGAGAUUGUUCACAGAACAUUAGCAGCGAUCCUGGGUUCCCUUGCUGCCUUAGCAGCUUUAGCUGCAAUUGGUGAUAAGCCGAGCCUGGUCAAAGUAGUGGCAUGGAUUGAUUAUGAAACUCUGGCCCUUUUGUUUGGAAUGAUGCUUCUGGUUGCCAUCUUUUCUGAAACUGGAUUUUUUGAUUAUUGUGCGGUAAAGGCUUACAGGCUUUCUCGAGGCAGAGUGUGGGCCAUGAUUAUCAUCCUCUGUCUUAUUGCUGCAAUUCUUUCAGCCUUUUUGGACAAUGUUACUACUAUGCUCCUCUUUACUCCAGUAACUAUAAGGUUAUGCGAAGUGCUUAAUCUUGACCCCAGACAUGUUCUAAUCGCUGAGGUAAUCUUCACAAACAUUGGAGGGGCUUCUACAGCUGUUGGGGACCCACCAAAUGUGAUCAUUGUUUCAAAGCAGGAACUCAAGAAGUUGGGAGUGGAUUUUGCUGCAUUUACAGGACACAUGUUUGUUGGAAUUUGCCUUGUACUUCUGGUCUCUGUUCCUUUCCUAAGGCUUCUCUACUGGAACAAAAAACUUUACAACAAAGAACCAAGUGAGAUCGUUGAACUGAAACAUGAAAUCCAUGUUUGGAGACUGACAGCACAGCGAAUUAAUCCUGCCAGCAGAGAAGAAACAGCUGUGAAGUGCCUCUUAAUGCAAAAGGUUUUCACCCUGGAACUCUUGCUGAAGAAAAAGCUCAAAACAUUCCAUAGACAAAUCUCACAAGAAGAUAAAAACUGGGAAACAAAUAUUCAGGAGCUGCAAAAAAAGCACCGAAUAACGGAUAGGAUGCUUCUUAUCAAAUGCCUGACUGUUUUAGGAUUUGUUAUCCUCAUGUUCUUUCUCAAUUCAUUUGUUCCAGGAAUUCACCUAGAUCUAGGGUGGAUUGCUAUGUUGGGAGCUAUAUGGCUUCUUGUGUUGGCCAACAUUCAUGACUUUGAGAUGAUUUUGAGCAGAGUGGAAUGGGCAACUCUCCUUUUCUUUGCAGCACUGUUUAUUUUAAUGGAGGCAUUGGCUCAUCUUCAUCUAAUAGAAUACAUAGGAGAACAGACAGCUUUGUUAAUAAAGACGGUGCCUGAAGACCAACGCUUGACGGUUGCUAUCAUUUUAGUCCUCUGGGUCUCUGCUCUGGCAUCAUCCCUAAUUGACAAUAUUCCAUUCACUGCUACAAUGAUCCCUGUACUUCUCAACCUGAGUCAAGAUCCUGAAGUGAAUUUACCUGUGAAGCCCCUGAUAUUUUCGUUGGCCAUGGGUGCAUGUCUUGGAGGUAAUGGGACAUUGAUUGGAGCAUCUGCAAAUGUCGUUUGUGCAGGAAUUGCAGAGCAACACGGCUAUGGCUUCUCUUUCAUGGAAUUUUUCAGGUUGGGUUUCCCUAUGAUGAUCAUGACCUGUAUCACUGGAAUGUGCUAUCUCCUUGUUGCUCACGUUAUAUUGGGUUGGACCUAAGACUGUGUUUUAUUAAUUUAAUAUCCAUCGCCAUACUAAAGACCAAAAGGCACAUUCAAAACAUCUUUAAAAGACUGUAUAAAAAGGAAGGGAGGAAGAAAAACAAUUUGGAAACAAACACACAAAGUCUUUUACACUGCCAGUUGAGACAAUGCUUUGUUUAUGAGCAUGGGAAUUCCUCCUUGUAUGUUCUCCCGUUCAGUUCAGUGGAGAAAGCCACUUUUUUGCACAUUACAUCACGUGUCUGUCUCUACUGUAAUAAACAAGGUCCAUGGUCAAGUCAAAUGAUCGCUACUUUUUAAUGACUGGCAGCUAUAUAUAUGAUGAUGAAAAAGAGCUAAAUUGUUGGGAUAUGUGAUUCAAAGAUUUCUGUGCAGCAUUUGAUAGGUUGUACUAUCUCAGACACAAGUAGAUGAACUGGGUUUUGAACACAAUAAAAUAUACAGACCAACUUCAAAACAAAAACUCUGUUAGAAUGCUCUCCUUUGAGAUGUCAAUUGAUGUGCAGUAUAAAAUCGUAUAGCUGAACAAAAGCUGCAUCCUCUGAUGGCAUAGGUAAUGUGUUUGAGAUCUCAGCCAAUGUCCAGUGUGCUCCUUGACCACCUUAAAGAGCUUUUUAUUGUAACUGAAGAUUUCCAAAUAGAAUUGAAAAUUGUUGGGACUGAGUCAAAUGCUUUCCGGGUUCACUCCCACAACCUUCCUUGCCCCUCCUUUCCCUGUGUUUCCACUGGCCACUUUUAAAUGGCUUCAUACAUCCUCAAGAUUGUGGCCUACCAGGCAUUGUGCACACAAUGAAACAGCAUUACUGAGAAGUUUGUCAGAUUUGGUUUUUUGCUGACAUUGACAACAACUAGGAUGGGGUCCAGCUUCUUUCAGAAGCCCUACAUCACAUAUCACUUCAAAAAAAGUUGCUUUUGAAUUGAAUGCCCCCAAUCAGCCAGAAAAGAUAAGUUUAUUUCAAUGGUGAAAAAGGACAUUUUAUGAAAAAGGUGCCCAUGUUUGGCUCAAUUGUAAUUAAUAUUAAAAGAAUUGGUGAGACAUUAAUAUGACAAAGGGUUAUAUAUUUCUCCUGAAAUCAUGUAUUACCAUAUUGGACGAAGCCACAGAUAAAAUUCUCUACUUGCUAUUUCAGAUAUUCAGUAAUUUCUCACUGGGCUUCCUUUGUCAAUAUAUUUAACUGUUUGUACAAAAGCAUCAGAUAUUCAGCCUGUGCUCGCUGUAGUAGAUAAGUAAAUAGUCAAGCUAUGCAUAAUGAAAGAUACAUCAUUGUCUGUUUUGGAAAUAAAUCCAUUCAA